AUGCCUUCAGUCGCCAAGAAUCCCACCGCCGCAACUAUCCAAACAGCGUUCCAACUCCAACAUCUAGUCGAGGCGGGGCACAAAAAUGCAAGUUUCAUCGAUCCAAGCACACUAAAACUCAUUCACUCCUUUACCGACGCCCAGCCCGAGAACAAGACAUCUCUUCGCACCCCCGAAUGGGCGAACUCCAAAGAAGGUGUUCAGAAAAAGGUUUCCUCAUUCACAGAUGGGCUUGUGGGGGACCUGAAUGUCAAGGAUAUUGAUCUUUCUGAUGAAUCGGAUGAUAGUGAAGAAGAUCAAGAUUGGCAAGAGGGAAGUGAAGAAGAUAAUAAAGAAGAAGAUGAAUAUGGUUCCGAAUAUGAUAGUGAUGAAUAUACGGAAUCGGAGGAUGAACGUGAUACUUUGGAUCGCAUUAGCGAGGAUGAAGAUGAGGAUGAAGGGGCUGUACCUAAGAAGUGUUUAGAUGCUAAGCUUGGUGAAGGCAUCAUCCUGCAUGAGAUCAUCGGUCGAAAAGUAGCUCGUUAUGGAAGUAAAGUUCUCAAAUCAGGACGAAAUCUCUGUCUAUCCGAAGCAGACGCCAUGCGCUACAUCGCAACACACACCAACAUUCCCGUCCCUCGCGUGAUAGACGCCGUCACCGAUGGCAAAAUCACAAGCAUAACCAUGGAAUUCAUCGAAGGAGAACGCCUCGACAAAACCUGGAACUCCCUCCCAGAAGAACAAAAAAAGACCAUCGCAGCACAAAUCAACGAUUUCCUCUUCCAACUCCGCUCCUUAAACGGUAGAUAUAUUGGCGGAAUGAAUCGCGCCCCCGCCAUCGAUUCCCGACGCUACGAACUCGAAGGCGGACCCUUCGAAUCAGAAUCCCUAUUCAACGAGUUCCUCAUCUCGGAUGCGUACCCCCAAGUUCCCAAAUGUUUCCUCAAAAUGGCUGAACAUUCUUUGCUCACUAACCAUGCGAUUAUUUUUGCGCAUGGAGAAUUGGCGCCGAGGAAUAUUUUGGUGAGAGAGGGUCGGGUGGUGGCGGUGUUGGAUUGGGAAAAUUCGGGGUGGUAUCCAGAGUAUUGGGAUUUUGUGAAGAGCUUUAAUGCUAUGGAUAGUAGGUGCGGGGGCUGGUAUGAUUGGGUUGAGAGGGUUUUUCCGGUGGGUUAUGAGCAGGAGUUUAUGAAUGAUCGGGUACUUGGAUGCUCAGGAUCUGGAUAUGAGAAAUCGAGGAGGAGGAGGAGGAGAGGAGGAGAGGAGGAGAGGAGGAGAGGAGGAGAGGAGGAGAGGAGAAGAAUGGAGAAUGAGAGAUGGGACACAUCACACCCGCCUCCCCACAAACCCUCUCUCUCACCAACCCCCACACCACCAAAUCCAAAUCCAAAUCCACCAUACGAAAAGAUGACAACCCCAGCAAGCUCCACCACCGUUCCCACCGUUCCCAGCAAACCCAUCCUCAUCCAUUUCCGCCUUUCCAAGCACGGCCAUCCCAACCCCUCUUUAUCAAACUCACGAGGUUCUAGCGCCAUAAUCAUGCUCCCUCCCUCUAUAAACCUCGUAGAUUUCACUGCCGCAGCCGGGACGAUGAUAGAUACCGAUCGCUUCGGCAUCAGAACGCGAGCGCGAGGUAAUCUUGAAUCUGAGGCUGCAUUUAUGCUUGAUAUUGGGGAGCUUUUUGUGCAAUGGGAUGAUGGACAUGAUCGGCUUCCGGCUCUGCAGGUUAAGAAUGAUGGGGAUUUUCGGGGUGCGUUGCGGAUGAUGGAGAGAGAGGGUGGAUUGGAUGUUGGAGGUGCGGGGAUGAGGGAAGAGAUUCUUGAUUUGCUAGGUGGUAAAUUAUGA